AUUCAGAUUAUGAAAAAGUUAGAGCAUUGAUAGAUAACGAUGAGAUAAUUACAUCAAGUGUUUUUUGUGAUGAAUUUAGAAGACUGAAUAUAAGUAGUGACCGUUUGAGCCGUAAUGAAAGAGAGGUUUCUAUGCCCGAAACCCAAUCGUCUACUGACACAAAUGCUGAUAAUUCCAUAAGAUUUGAAUUAAAUGCUGCUAAUGUUGAAGUUACUAGCACAACCACACCUGCUGGUACUUCUGAAACUGAAGCUAGAAUUAUUGAAAGAAGAAAAGAAGCUAAUUUAAGAACGAUUGUUGAAAUCGAACGACCGAUGAAUGUUAGUCUUUGUUAUGUUUUAGGCUGUACCGCCUCUAUGAGUCGUCAUAUUUCUGCUGCAAAGGAUAGCAUUUUACAGGUGACAGAAUUCUUUAAAAGCAUCAACCCAUGUAUUAAACUUAGAAUUGGUUUUUAUGAUUAUUGUGACCAUUGUGGUGGUAGCUCUCGCUUGCAAAAAUUGUGUGAGGAAUCCAGAGCAAAUUUGACUACCGUAAAAGCUACGGGUGAUGGUGAUGCGCCCGAAGAUGUUCUUGGAGGUCUUAAUGCUGCUAUAACUGAAAUGGAAUGGGGAGAUGGUACUAAAAUUCUUUUCCACAUUGGUGAUUGUCCACCACACGGUAGACGUUUUACUACUUUGGGAGAUAAUUAUCCAGAUGGUGAUCCAAAUGGGUUAACAGCAGAGUGUGUAUUAGAAAAAAUGCAAUCAAAAAACAUCUUUUAUGUGUUUGGAAAAAUCAUGAAAAAGGCUGAUAACAUGAUUGAAGUAUUUCGUAGUAUUAUAGAUGAAUUUCAAAUUUUCGAACUUGUUAGCAAUGAUCCACUUGAAUUGAUUAAUAAAUUUGUCGCAGAAACUACAAGAUCUGUUAAUAUGUCUGUUAAUAUGUUUAUUACGUUAACUCCCUAUAGACGCGAUAUUAACUCAAUUGUACCUGACUGGGAGCGUUUAUUACCUCGAAAAGGAAUAAUUUUAUGCUAUUAUCUCCCUAAAAAUAUUGAGGAACUUCAAAAUACAUUAUACUUCGAGAAAGAAAAUCUCAUUGCUAAACACUUUGAUUUCAAGAUUGCACCUGAGCCAUUUGCCGAAGGUGAAGAAAGAUAUGGUUAUUUCGCUAUUAAUACUAAAUGCAAUCCACCCAGGCGAGUGUAUAAAAUCAAUUCAGUUGCAGGAAGAAAAAACAUCCCACUUGUAAAUUUUGUUAGAGUGCAUCUUGUGCGUGCUACAAUGAGUAGCAGGAUGGUUUAUUAUUCCGUGGAGCCAGAAUUACAAGAUGCAGAGUUUAGAAGGUUCAAUUCAAAUAGUGGAUUUAUUACAGAAUAUCGUCCUGUUCUUGAGGCAUUCAGUCAUUUUACAUAUCAACACACAGAUGGAUAUUUGGUCGUUUGUGAUCUUCAAAGAGUUGAACAUCAUACCCAGUCGGUUCUUAUUGACUGA